GCAAUUAGUGCAAAAUCUGGCUCUUCAGCUCUCUGUAUUCGCUCCAUCAUCUUCCUAGCUGCACAGCUUUUCCUCCUCGAAGCAUCCGCCUUCAACAUCUUUUCCAGCUCACAUUCUCCUUGCGCAGCGUACUUCUCUAUUCUUUCUCCUCGACCAAGAUCAACCCUUUCCCAAGCAAUGGCGCCCCGUCUGAGCUCCAGCUGGAUCCUCCUCGCCGCAAUCCUGGCCGUCCACGUGGCAGCCGCCGCCGCCAAGGACUGCACCAUCUGCAAGAACUCGGUGUCGACUCCCUCCGACACGAACGCAAACUGCUACACAUCUGGCCUAGACCAAAGCACCGACAGCUGUACGGUACUGCUGGCCAGCUACUACUGCGACCUCUGCAAGCCCAACGGAGACGCGACGGCCGACGGCAACUGCGCGUGCAAGAAGACGUGCGAGCCGGUCGGAGGCUCUGGGAAGAACAAGGUGUACUGCACCUGCCGCCCCAAGUCCACCACGCCGGGUGUCUGCGCUGAUCCCCACUUCACUGGAGCAUACGGAAUCCAGUAUGACUUCCAUGGGGUUCCAGACAAACACUUUACACUCAUCACCGACAGAGACCUCAACCUGAACGCCGAGUUCAUCGGUCAGGACGGAACCGAGACCGGUUUCGACGGCACCUGGAUCUCUGCGCUUGGGAUCAAGUGGAACGAAGGAGCGCUCACGCGCAAGCUGUCAAUCUUCCUCAAAGACGAUGCCGACAUCCGCACCAGCCAGGACCCGUUCAUCGUCAAGCUGGGCGACACCGAGGUCCUCCCACCCCUCGUUGCUGACGUCAGCGACCCCCUGGCCAUAUACGACGACGCCGGGCUUAUUAUAAGGCGCGCCACCGACGGGCGCACGUAUGUCUUUGACAUUCCGCACCACAUGAUUCUGGGGGUCACUGCGGCGGAUCACGAGUUCCCGACCGGAAACCACAUGGACAUCACCCUGGAGAAGCUGAACGUCACUGGCACCGUGCACGGCGCCCUCGGCCAAACCUUCGCCGACGCGCGCCGCGCCGCCCUCAAGGCCGCGGCCGCGGCCGUCGGCACGAGCGAGCGCUUCGACGCGACUGACGUCGUCGAGGGCAAGGACGCCGACUACAUGACGUCAGCCCUGCUCGCGAGCGACGCGCGCUUCAACCGGUUCCAGCUCCCGGGCACCGGCGCGGAAAUUCUGAAGCAGAACGUGCUGCGCAAACUGCUCGGGAGGGCGACCGCACCUACCGAGAGUCUGGUACCGGGGCUGGUUCGGUGCGCGAGUGGGCCGGGCGGGAAGCUGACGUGUGACUUCUAG